UUGGCCCUCUGCAGUUUCCGUCCGCUCACUAGGCGGCGCUGCGGCGGCCCCGGCUGCUCCCGGGCUGUCGCGGGCUGGGGCUGUUGGGCUGGCGGCUGAGGCUCGUGGCCAUGGAGUGGGUUUCGGAGUCGGCGGCCGUGAGGCGGCACCGCGUCGGAGGCGAGCGCCGGGACGGCCCGGCCGCCGCGCCGCAACCGGAGCGGGAGGCCCGGGCGCUGGAGACCCUGGUGGACGCGCGCGGCGGCGGCGGCGGCGGCGGCGGCAGCGGCAGCGCGAGGACGCGGAAGCGGAGCGGGGCGGGUAGCGGAGGCGCGAGCGGGGCUGCGCGGACCGGGCUGUCCGAGGCGCGCGCCGCGCUGGGGCUGGCGCUCUACCUGCUCGCGCUGCGGACACUCGUGCAGCUGUCGCUGCAGCAGCUCGUGCUGCACGGGGCCCCGGGCCACCCCCGGGAGUUCAACGCGCGCCAAGCCAGGGAUCAUCUUGAACAGAUAACAUCCAUUGGCCCCAGAACUACAGGAAGUCCGGAAAAUGAAAUUCUGACUGUGCAUUACCUCUUGGAACAGAUUAAACUGAUUGAAGUUCAAAGCAACAGCCUUCACAAGAUUUCAGUAGAUGUACAGCGGCCCACAGGCUCCUUUAGCAUUGACUUUUUGGGAGGUUUUACAAGCUACUAUGACAACAUCACCAACGUUGUGGUAAAGCUGGAACCCAGAGAUGGAGCCCAGCAUGCUGUUCUGGCUAAUUGUCAUUUUGACUCUGUGGCAAACUCACCAGGUGCCAGUGAUGAUGCUGUUAGCUGUUCGGUGAUGCUGGAAGUCCUCCACGUCUUGUCAACAUCUUCAGAAGCCUUGCAUCAUGCUGUCAUAUUUCUCUUCAAUGGUGCUGAGGAGAAUGUUUUGCAGGCCAGUCAUGGCUUCAUUACUCAGCACUCCUGGGCCAACUCAAUUCGUGCAUUUAUUAACCUGGAGGCAGCAGGUGUAGGAGGGAAAGAACUUGUAUUCCAAACAGGUCCUGAAAAUCCUUGGUUGGUCCAAGCUUACGUUUCCACAGCCAAACAUCCUUUUGCGUCUGUGGUGGCUCAGGAGGUUUUUCAGAGUGGCAUCAUUCCUUCAGAUACUGACUUCCGCAUCUACAGGGACUUUGGGAACAUUCCAGGAAUAGACUUAGCUUUUAUUGAGAACGGAUACAUUUAUCACACCAAGUAUGACACAGCGGACAGAAUUCUAACAGAUUCCAUUCAGAGAGCAGGUGACAACAUUUUAGCAGUUCUUAAAUAUCUAGCUACAUCUGAUGUGUUGGUUUCUUCUUCUAAGUACCGGCAUGGGAACAUGGUCUUCUUUGAUGUGCUCGGCCUGUUUGUCAUUGCCUACCCCUCUCGUGUUGGCUCCAUCAUUAACUGCAUGGUGGUAAUGGCUGGUGUUCUGUACCUGGGCAAAAAAUUGUUGCAGCCCAAACACAACAUUCGAUACACAAAGCAUCCCGAACGGACAAAGACGAAGACGACCCACUUUCCCACAGCUAACUACACGAAGGACUUCUUCUGUGGGCUUGGCAUCACUGUGAUAGGCUGGUUCACUAGCCUGGUGACCGUCCUCAUCAUAGCCGUGUUCAUCUCUCUGAUUGGACAGUCUCUCUCAUGGUACAACCACUUCUAUGUCUCCGUUUGUCUUUAUGGAACUGCUGCUGCAGCCAAAAUAAUAUUCAUACAUACCCUUGCAAAAAGAUUUUAUUAUGUGAACGCCAGUGACCAGUAUCUGGGAGAAGUAUUUUUUGACAUCGCGCUGUUUGUGAAUUGUGGUACCCUCAUAGCUCUCAUUUACGGAGGGUUUUGCUCGGCGUUUAUCAGUGCCGUCUGGGUGGCGUUUCCAUUGCUCACCAAGUUUUGCGUGCACAAGGACUUUAAGCAGCACGGUGCCCGAGGAAAGUUCAUUGCCUUUUACCUCCUGGGGAUGUUUAUUCCUUACCUUUAUGCAUUAUACCUCAUCUGGGCGGUGUUUGAGAUGUUUACCCCUAUCCUUGGGAGGAGUGGUUCGGAAAUCCCACCUGAUGUUGUGCUGGCUUCCAUUUUGGCUGGUUGUACAAUGAUUCUCUCCUCUUAUUUUAUUAACUUCAUUUACCUUGCCAAAAGCACACAAAAAACCAUGCUAACUUUAACUCUGGUGUGUACAGUUACAUUCCUCCUUGUUUGCAGUGGAACUUUUUUCCCAUACAGCUCCAAUCCUGCCAGUCCAAAGCCAAAGAGAGUGUUUCUUCAGCAUAUGACAAGGACAUUUCAUGACUUGGAUGGAAAAGUAGUUAAACGAGACUCUGGAAUAUGGAUCAAUGGGUUUGAUUACACUGGAAUGUCUCACAUCACCCCCUACGUUCCGGAGAUCAACGACACCAUCCGAGCACGCUGCGAGGAGAAGGCACCCCUCUGUGGUUUCCCGUGGUACCUCCCAGUGCACUUUCUGAUCAGGAAAAACUGGUAUCUUCCUGCCUCAGAAGUUUCUCCUAGAGAACCUGUUCAUUUCAGACUUAUAUCCAAAGAGCAGACCCCCUGGGAUUCUGUAAAGCUGACCUUUGAAGCAUCAGGACCAAGCCAUAUGUCAUUGUAUGUUCGACCCCACAAAGGGUCCACUCUGUCUCAGUGGUCUCUCGGCAAUGGCACCCCAGUCACAAGUAAAGGAGGGGACUACUUUGUAUUUUACUCCCAUGGACUCCAAGCCUCUGCAUGGCAGUUCUGGAUAGAAGUGCAGGUCCUGGAGGAGCCGCCCGAGGGCGUCGUCACUGUGGCCAUUGCUGCCCACUAUUUUUCUGGGGAAGACAAGCGGUCCUCCCAGCUGGACGCUCUGAAAGAGAAGUUCCCAGACUGGACGUUCCCUUCUGCCUGGGUGUGCACCUACGAUCUCUAUGCGUUUUAACCUUGUGAAUGAGCUCUAAGUAAAUGCCCCGUGGGAUACUUCA